GGAUUUUUCAAAAUGAAUUUUUUCCUUUACUUCAUUUUUGAAAUAAACGAUGGUAUCCUCGUUGACUAACAACUAUGUUGAAAAACGGCACAGCUAGAUCGUUGUGUAAAGAUUCUUACGCGAGAAGUCCGACCGUUUUGCCUCUGCCUUCUACGACGAUUAAAAAUUGUUGUAUCCACAAACGGAAACGACCACCGUUCUGGACAGCGUCCUCAUCGAGAGUGCAUUUGCAUCUUGGUUUGACUUGUCGCGUUAAACCUUCUUUUCGUGAGCACUCGUUUACGAGGAUUUACGAUCACUUCAGCGCUAUAAUAAAGAAGGCGCAGGACAGCUUAUUGCGAAGAAAGCAAUAUAUUUGGUGUGGUAACCGUAACAAUUGCCGUAAUAAGAUGGCCACGACUUCUUCAGCUGUUGGCGGCUCCACGCUGUCAAACGGAGGUUCCCACGAACAAGUUGUCGUAGAGACCUGCCAAACGUCGGAGUUGGCACAAUCAAAGAUCGAGAAAAAUUUUGUAAAUUUUGCUGUUGGGCAGCCGUCUCCACGACUUUUACCGCUGCGUGCCUUUGGAGCGGCUUGUGCGGAACGCUUUGCCGCAAAUGGGGCCGACUCAUUAAUGCUGCAGUAUGGAGCUGUGGCACCGCCGAACGAGCUUGCUACCUUGGCGGAUUGGCUCACUUCACGCACAGGCAGUCGGGUCCAACCGGAAGAACUCAUUUUCACGAGCGGAAACAGCCACGCAGUUCGCUUUGCAUUGCAAAAUCUCAAGCGAAUUCGACAGAACCAGACCGAGGGGAAGCCUCAUAGGGCUCAAGGGAAGCGGGAGGAGGCCUCUGCCGGGGAUAGCUACCAUGUAUGGCACCACUGAUUUUUGAGAACGGACUUUACUACGUACUAGGGCUGAACUCUCACUGUUUAGCCUCAACAUUGAAGGGUACCUACAACUGACAGGGGAAGAAGGAGACGGGCUGACACUUUCCUUCAUCUUGUUUUUAGAGGGUGCCCUAGGCGUAUAGAGAUUUUCUGGAUCAGUGCCAUCAUUCAUCGAAAUCGCCUGUGAUCGUAAUGGACGAUCCUACCUACUUCCUGGUUGGCGACAUCGUCCUCGAAGCUGGGUUUCGCGUCCAUUUGAUUCCGUGCUCGUCUUCCAUCUAUGAAAGAAAGAAAAAGUAGACCCUCUUCAACUACUAGACAGCAUAUUGAGAUCAUGUCCUGAUUGAAUUAGCAUUCCAACUACAAUAUAUAAUAAAUUGUUCUCCUUUCUUUGACAUAGAUUGAAUAACGGAGCGGCGUUCAUAUUGAUGCGGAAGAAAAAAGCAGCAGCAUGGGCAUGGGCACGGACGGUGCUAGUACCCUCACCGCUGGCCUGGACAGUUUUGUGGACCGCAUCGAGAGUUGGCUCAUCAACAACGGCCAAGAUGAAAAUGAUAAACAGCAUGGUCGCAUUCGACCAGAAGGCGUGUACUUGAUACCAGUCCACCACAAUCCAACCGGUGGCUCGCUUUCCGAAGCCGGAGCACGGAAGUUGGUGAGGCUUGCAGAGGAGUACGAUUUCUACAUAUUGUCCGAUGAGCCCUACGCGCUUCUGCAUUUUCUAGAAGGCGAUGAGGGGAACCACAAAGUAGAGGUGGAGAAGGAAGGGGAAGUGGUCGAAAACAAUAUUUCUUCAUCAAGCAGCAGGAUGAAGAAGAAGUUAACAAAGCAGCAAGAAGGCAUAGGGGGCUCGUUGCGAAGGUUUGAUGAUCAUGGGCGCGUACUAGCGAUGGGAUCCUUCUCUAAAAUUGUCGCCCCAGGCUUGCGCUUAGGUUGGAUCCACGCAGCGCCGUCCGUGAUUCAGAGUCUCCGGCGUGAUCCGGUUUUGCUUUCCGGUGGCAGCAUGAACCCGGUAGCUAGUUAUGCCGUUUCUCAGAUGAUCCGCAAUGGUCAAUUGGACGCACAUUUGAGCCUCCUCGAGCAGGAGUAUACAACACGCGCGCACACGCUUUUUCGAGAAUUGCGGAGCGUCUUCAACAAAGAAGCUAGGAUACGUCAACAAAAAGCAUUCUACCCAGACCAUCCCUAUCAUGUUGUAUCCUAAGCUGCAACUCCGUUGACGAUGUAUAGAUAAGUUGAACAGUAAAGAUCGCAAAAAUUGCAUAACUAAUUUUGAUGUUGUUCUCCGUUAUUGCUCGUGCUCUGCUUUUCUAGUAAACGACGCUAGGAAAAGGAAGUCGUCGUGAGUCCUUCUCUAAUACUUGAAAGUCCGACCUUAUUGAAUUUGUAGACCCCGAAGGAGGCUACUUUGUUUGGGUCCGAUUUCUCGAUGGAACAAGUACAACGAAGCUUCAAAAGUUUGCCGUUGACAAUAGAUACGGUUUCAGUUUCCUACCGGGGCCUCGCUGCGCCGUGGCGGGGGCUCAAAGCGGCAGCACAGGGACCGUAGACCGCCCCAGCCGUUUCGACAGCUACUUGCGUCUUGCAUGGUCUUUCUACGAGCCGCACGAGCUCAAAGAAGGUGUAAGACGGCUGCACACGGCAUGGAUCGACUUCAAGAACCAACUAGCUAGUUGAGGUCACUCAAAGGCUGUCUUGAGCAUCCUCUAAGCGCGUCAACUCGACCUAAUCUCCUAAGGCUCACUUAAGCAACUAAGGAAUGAUUGAAACGUUUCUACCUACAAGGAAGGAAAACGCUUGUACUGUUCGAAGCGUACAAGCUACCCGCACCAACGGGAGUACGAUCUCCACUGUAACUGCUGUUUGACAAAAAUGGAACGGCUUUACUAUUUGAAGAGGAAGACAUCAUAUUGGCUUUAUCCAACAAAUCCGCGGCUUCGCUUCGACGCACCUUUUCCUGAGCCUGCAAACAAGGUCUGGAGGUCCCGGCGCAGAUGAACAUGAGGCAUGAAGAAUAUAUCUCAAACGACGUCAAAACGAUAGUAAAUGAGGCACGCGCACGAGUCUCAUCACCACGAG